AGCGGAAUGGCCGGGCGGACGGACCGGGCUCCGCUGCUGGACUGGGCCGAGGGGCCCGGAGUGAGUCCCACCCCAGAGGUCGAGCAGGGGGAAAAGUGGCCUAAGACGUAUGGGGCCAGCUGGAAGAGGCUGCCGCACGGAGAGCUCUCUCCUCUGCCCCCAGCUGGAAGACGACCAUAUCGUGGCUGUGUUUGUGGUCACAUUCGAUCCCAGGAGUGGGAAUAUUGUGGAAUGGUGUCUGCCCCAGGACAUGGACUUAGAAGGGGUGGAAUUUAAAUCUAUGGCCAGUGGAUCCCACAGGGUGCAGUCUGAUUUCAUCUACUUUCGGAAAGGCAGCUUUUUUGGUCUUGCUUGCUUUGCCAACAUGCCGGUAGAGAGCGAGUUGGAGAGAGGAGCGCGAAUGAAGUCUGUUGGCAUACUGUCCCCUUCCUAUACACUGCUUUAUCGCUACAUGCACUUUCUAGAGAACCAAGUCCGGCACCAGCUGGAAAUACCUGGUCACUACACUCCUUUAGAGGCCUUCUAUGAAGACAAGAAGGGAAUCCUGCCCCCAGGGGUCAAUGUCCAGGCCUGCCAGCCUACUGUACACUGGUUGUCCACUGUACACAAGCAUCUAUACCCGGAGAUGAAGAUUACCCAUCCUGCUGGCUGCAUGUCUCAGUUCAUUAAGUUCUUUGGGGAGCAGAUCUUUGUCUUAUGGAAGUUUGCGUUAUUACGGAAGCGAAUCUUGAUCUUCUCCCCGCCUCCUGUGGGAGUGGUGUGCUACAGAGUUUACUGCUGUUGCUGUCUCGCCAAUGUCACUUUACCAGGUGUGGGAGCUACAGCUCCAGAGUCAAAGCCUUUCUUCUAUGUAAAUGUAGCGGACAUAGAGACCCUCGAUGAUGAGGUAUCCUAUGUAGCAUGUACUACGGAGAAGAUCUUUGAACAGAAGCAGGACCUCUAUGAUGUCUAUGUCGACAACCAGAAUGUGAAGACUCACCUGGAACGUCUGCAGCCACUGCUAAGAGUCAACAGUGCCGAUAAAGAGAAAUACCGGCGGCUCAAUGAUCAACGGCAGCUUCUGAUGUACACACAGGAAGUGGAUGGAGACUGCUCAUCGUGCGAGGAGGAUCUCUUUAUCCUCUUCUUUAUGGAACAGAAUAAUCGGAUAUUCCAGACCCUCCUGGAGGUGGCGGCCAGUCAGGAUAAGACUCUAACAGCUGAUCAUGCCCGCAGUAUGGGCCUCGAUCCGCAGGGUGACCGUAACUUUCUCCUGGACCUUCUGGAAGUUUAUGGUUUUGACCUCAUGUUGGUCAUAGAUAACCCCUGCUGUCCCUAA